AUGUCAUCUAUAUCUGCAAUUGUUUUAAUGAGGAAGAAUAAGUAAUUAUUCGAAUUAAUAUACAAGAGUACUCUAUAAAAUCCAAUAAGGGAAUACUAUUUAAUUGAAUACGAAAUGGAUGAUUAAUGAAAUCGAUGCACUUAUAUUUAGAUGA